AUGGCACAAAUGUCUACGCAGGCGUCUACUGGCAUCAGCGACUAUCGUAUCAACAAAAUCAGAUCUUACUACAGGUUUCUCGACGUUAAUGAUGAUGGAUUUAUUACUAAAGAAGAUCACGAAUUGGCGUUGAAGAAUAUGACUGAGCUUUGCAAUGCCACUCCUAAGGAUGUUGAAGACAUGGCAAGAACCUUAACAUGCUGGUGGGAAUAUUAUCGUGGUGGGAAGGAAAAUGUUACUAAAGUUCCCAUUCCAGAAGUUGUUCAGCGCGCCAUAGCCUUCUGCACUACUAAAAACCUCACAGAAGCACAAAACAAAACUCGAGCAGAUUUUGGACAGAUGUUUGACGUUGUAGACCGCAACAAAGACGGAUCUAUCACAGAAGAAGAGCUACGUAUUUAUUACAAAUCGUACGGAGUCCAUGACGAAGAUUUUAUCAACGCUGUUUUCAAAAGAAUGGAUGAGGACAGAGAUGGACUGAUAUCACGUGAAGAGUAUGUGAAGGCUCAUGUUGCCUUCUGGUACAGCGAUGAUCCUGAGAACGGAUGUGAGGCCCUGUAUGAUGUGCCCAAGUGA